AUGCCCACCCAACCGCCACUCCCACACCUGCUGGCGCCUUACGUCUCGUCCCCCCCUCAAUCGUCUCUGACCGUCCUGUCCUCUGUACUUGGCGCGACCGGGAAUUGGCUAGUCCUGCGAUAUCUAUAUGCGGCGCUGAGUACGUCGUCCAACUCGGAGGCCGCAUUCGGGCUGCAGGGUGGUGAUGGUGGCAGAAAGAGAAAAGUCGUGCUCGUGAGUUUCCUGCGGGGUUGGGAAUUUUGGCGAUCGGAGGCCAAGCGACUGGGCUUGGACCUUGCGCGCCUCACAGACAAACGCCAAUUCGCCUUCGUCGAUGGACUCUCCGAACUUUUCAAUACCCCCGUGACUACACCCUCGCAAUCCACGCCAUCGCCCUUCCCCGGCGCUGCUCCCUCUCGAACAGUCCUGCCCGUGCGGUCGCAACCCGGUCCCAUCCCAGCGCGGGGUCCGCAGCCGGUGUCGCGACUGCCAGCACAAGCGCCAGUGCCCAACGGCAAUGCCACGCCCACGUCGAAGGAAAUUGGCCCUGUAAAGCGACUACAUCUUUCAGGAAACGGUCCAACGGCUCUCGGCUCCCUUGAAAGGGAAAUCGCAGCCGUGGUUAGACAACUACAAGCGGAGGCGUCUGGGGAUGGCGAAGAAUCGGAGGUUCUACUGAUCGUUGAUCAGCCCGAUCUUUUGCUUGCCGCGACGGGGCCCAAUCGAGGGAUAGGUGCUACGGAGAUGGCAGAUUGGAUGAUGGGUCUACAACAGAGUGCCCAUGCUACACUUAUGACCGUGUCCGCUGACUCCCCGCUGAUACAUAACGCAUCUGCCGGUAGCUAUGAGCUGGCCACGCCGUUGGAAACAGAGCAUUCUGCGUUCGUGAUAGGCUCGGCUCAUCGGGCGCAAAUGGUGAUGCAGCUUCGGAAUUUGGAAACAGGCGUCGCGAGAGAUGUGAGUGGCGUGCUGAGAGUUAGCAAGGGCGGUGCUUGGGGUCGAGAUGACGGCGCUCAGGGCCAUUGGGAGGAAAAAGAGGUGUUGUAUUUUGUUCAGCGAGAUGGCGGUGUCAACGUCUUCGGGAGAGGCGAAUAG